UCUCUCUCUCUCUCUCUUCCUCUCUCCUCUUCCUCCCCCCUCCCCUGAUAUGAUGUCAUGUAAGGAUGAGGGUGGCUUCUGAGGUGAGAUAGGGAUUUUGGUGAGUGGCAUUCUCCACGACCCGAGGCUUCGGAGCUGCAAAACAUGGUCAUCACCACCUUCUCCACCUCAAGUUGUGUCUCUGCGCUCUCUCCGCGUUCUGCUGCUGCUUCUCUCAUCUCGGGCCACGAAGUCCUGACCUGCCUCGCUAAAUUAAGCCUGCACCACCAUGCCGAGGGAAGAAAAACUAGAAGAGGGGUAUUUUUAGUGCCAUUAAUUUUGACCACGUGCCCCGAAGGUAAACCCGAUGGCCAUUGCGCAAAGGCUCCUCAUCAGUAUGUCCUGCGAGGCCAACGCGCAACACUGGCCAAGGACUGCCGUUCUGCUCUUGGGAUUGCUCUUAGUUGGGAUUGUGUCCUCCAGUCCGCUUCCGAGUAGGACUAACAGGACAAGUUUACUGGAGAAGCAAUGGGAGAGCCUGUUCUCCCGCUCCGUGCUGGGGAUCUCUGGAGAGAGACCGGAUCCCAACUGGGAGAAUGACUAUCUGCUGGGCAUCAAAAGAGUGCGGAGGCUGUACUGCAAUGUAGGCAUCGGGUUUCAUCUUCAGGUCCUCCCAGACGGCAAGAUAAACGGUGUACAUAAUGAGAACCAGUACAGUCUCAUAGAGAUCUCCACUGUGGCCAGAGGAGUGGUUAGCCUGUGCGGUGUGAAAAGCGAGCUGUUUGUCGCAAUGAAUAGCAGAGGAAGGUUGUACGGAACGGCUACCUUUAAAGAUGAAUGCAAGUUCAAGGAGACCCUGCUGCCAAAUAACUACAAUGCCUAUGAGUCCUCCGUUUACAAGGGAUUCUACAUUGCUCUCAGCAAACACGGCCGAGUAAAGCGAGGCAACAAGGCCACCACCGCCAUGACGGUCACCCACUUCCUCCCUCGAAUAUGAGCAGACUCAUGCAAUAAUUCUUCAUUUGCACUGAUCUCCCCGAGAGAUCUGAAUACUGACACAUGAACACACAAGGAACUGCAAGAAUAUCACCAAAAUAGUACUUAGUCUUUUUCUAUGUAUAUUUGGAUAGCUCAGCUUUUUAUUAGAAUCUCUAAAUACGCUAUACGUCGCU